GUCACGAUGUGUUCUACGUAUUAGAAACGAAACUGGAUUAAUCUGUAUGCAACGUAUCUAGAAGAAAGCUAUCUAGGGCACUGCAUUAUACUAUAGCGUUUUCUGCUUAUAAGAAACUUUUUUGAACAAUAGAUUAGUCAUUUGGAUAUUUUUAUUUGCAAAGGACUUAUCUUUGUUAAAUCUCGAGUAAAGCAAUAAAUGAAAUGAAACUUUUGUUUUGCUAACGAAAAAAAACUAUAAUUGAUUAGUUGGAAACGUUCUUUGAGAUACAGUUUAGAAGAAUGGAAUUGACCGAUAAUGCAAAUGGGAACAGGACAAGUAAAGAAGGUGCGGACCAAAGAACAGAUUAUGAGGAUGAAGCUCGGAGACUUCGCAGAUUAUUGAGGCUUUAUUUCUACGCAGCUUUCAAAUGGAAGGGAAACACGUGCUACUUCCAUCUCAUCUACUGUUUUUUCUUUUUGAUACAGAUAACUAAAGUUGCUCUUUUAACGACACAGAUGUUUCACUUUGGAUAUGACCGGGGUAACUUCAGUUCAAGCGUCAAUAGGGGACACCUCACCCUUCGUCAUCUCCUCCUUGAACACUGGGACGCGAGUUGGGAAACCCUUCCAUAUCCCCCUGCACAAGGAGACUUUGCCGUGUAUACGAUAAGUGAUCUAGAGAGCGGUAUUAACUACGCUGUGCAAAACUACUACAAUGCAGAAAAAGAAGCAAUAGGAUACUACAUCAGAACACCUGACGAUAAAAUGAUUGCGACAGUGAAAUACUUUGACUUUCCUGGUUUUCAUGAUUCCCAUGUUGAAGAUGGAAUUCUCAUAUCUGACAAAACAUUUCCGAUCGACAAAGGCCUGACAUCAAAGGCAACACCUGAGAAUAAGACACUGUAUAGCUACAAUAUAUCACGCGAAUUUGAAUAUUUACAGUUGUCACAGCCAAUUAAAAGAAUGUUGUCUACAACUCUACAUUUCACGUUGCACUCUGUUCGCUCCCAUGCAGACAGUAAGAAAGCUACAUGUCUGAGGAUAGAGGGUUCGGUGGAAUUUUCUGAUCUUGAUAAUAAUGGUCAGGUAACGGUAGAUCUUGACACGCAUUCCAGAAGAAUCAGAUGUCGAAAUAUGAAUCUGUCAGUAUCAGACUGGCAACUGGAAAAUGCCUCAGAAAUAUUUGGUACUGCGGUUAUUGUAUUCACCAUCGUCUCGAUGAUUAUUACGGGGUUAACCAUACUAUUUGCAGUCUUUACCUUCUUGAAAACAAAACAGUUUAUGAAGAAACACUACAGAUCGUACUACCGACCCGUUGAUAAGGACGAAAUUGAUCUACCCACAUCAGAAUACUUACGUUUUAUAAAACACUGGGAUAUUUCAGUUAUUGUUUCUGACGUUAUGACGUUGUACGGAACAGUAUGGAUUGUGUUUAAUACAGUGCACAGUGAAUGGGUUCUGGAAGUAUUGGAUUCUUACACAGUGUGGCUCGGUGUCGGGUGUGUUCUUGCGUGGCUCAGUCUUCUUCGGUUCUUCAAAUUCCAUAAUAAAUUCCAUCUAUUAUUUAGCACAUUAUACCGUGCUUUCUGGGAUGUGAUUGCAUAUCUCAUAUGCGUUGCUGUGUUAUACAUUGGUUUUUGGGUGUGUGGGUAUGUUGUAAUGGCUCCAUAUCAUGUCAAGUUUAAAACGCCCGAAGCUGCUGCUGAAACGUUGUUUGCUGUUGUAAAUGGUGAUGAAAUAUAUGCCACAUUAGCUAUUCUUGAAUCUGACAAGAGCGGGGGUAACUGGGUGUGGUGGUUCUCUAGGUUCUAUAUUGGAGCAUAUGUUGCUAUAUUCACCAUCGUUGUCAUCAAUCUGCUGAUAGCACUGUUCAUGAGCGCUUACGAAUCCAUCAAGUCAUACUACGAGGACAAACCAGAUGAAAGAGAAUUGGGCCCGAUGGAAAAAGCGUUACGCCGUGUUCUGGAGCAAAAGGCAGAGAGAAGCAAUUUGCGUUCUUCAAUAUAUGAUUUAAUGACCGAAGGGAAAGCACUCUCCAAAGAAGAAUCAUCACUUAGACUGGAACUUGCAAAACUUGUUCGAGUUUCAAAAAGCAAGAAUGACGUGGUUCUCCUGAAGCCAAGGACAUUGAAAGCGUUUAUGGAAGAUGCAGAUGACAAAAGUAAAAAGACAAAAUGCGGUUGCAUCUCUUGUUCUUUCACUUUGUUUUCUGCAAAUGAUCAGGAAUCUGAAGGUAAAUAAUGGUACAAUAUAUAAUGGCUAUUGAGGGACGAUAAAACUAUUGAAUUCAGGUGGCAGUAAAGUGUCAAUGGUUUAAACGUUGAAGACCCAGGCUUGAUAAAAUUAUCAGGCUGAUAAAAAGGAAACGUUCAGACAUAUUCCAGAGGACCCAUGCUGGAUAAAAUUAUCAGGCUGAAAAAUAGUAACGUUCAGACAAUUUCCAAGAGACCCAGGCUGGAUAAAAUUAUCAGGUUGAGAAAUAGUAAUGUUCAGACAAUUUCAAGAAGAUCCAGGCUGGAUAAAAUUAUCAGGCUGAAAAAAGCUUGCCUCAAGAUGUACAUUCAAGCUACUUUUAGCUCGAGUUAAUAUGAAAUCCAUUUAAGGCAUACUACAUAGAACUGGAAUACCCUCAUUUAAUGUCUGGCACAAAUGUAUAAGAAUAUAGCUCAUGAAAUGUUAUUUCAUUUUUUUCACAACAAGGCAUUUGACAUUUCCAUAUACUUAGAUAGUGUAUACAUAGUAUCUAAAGUUAUCAUCUGUAUUAUGUUCAUCACUGCAAUGACAAUUCAAUUGACUAGUCACAUUUUGAAUUCCUGCAUGACCUAAUUGAAGCUGUAAAACAUUUGAGACUAUAUCCGGAAAAAUAUGUUAUUUGCAACAUGUUUUAUGAAUUGGAUGAAAACAUUUAGGGUUAAGGCUGUGCACAUUUCAUAAUCAAACAUUUUAACAUAAUUCAUCGAGACUGAUGUACUUUUGGAAGAAACAGUCUCUACAAACAUGCUUGAAUCAGUCAUAGUAGUAAUGAUAAUUAAUCAAACUAUGUUUGUCAAGUUUAAAUUAUAUACACAUUCGAUCUGUAAAGCUGUUCGUUUCUUAUUGAUUGAUAUCAAAUAAAGUUUCAUUUAUUUA